GAGAGAGAGAGAGGGAGAGAGAGCAGGCAAAAGAAACAUGGCGCUGGUAAGCAGUAUGUGCAAAAUCCGCAAGGAAUUGCAGUAAAUUCCUUUUUGUUUGAAGAAAAUUUACAACUUGGUAAUAGACCUUUUUAUGACCUAUUUGGGCUCGUCAUUGGCUGAGGCUGGUCAUGUGCAGGCAGUGAUGGCUUUCAUGGCCUUUUUCCUGAUUUCCCUGGCGAAUUUCCCCCUGCAUUCUGCCUUCUGAGAGCCUCAACCCCUCUUUUUCUAACCUUUGUCUCCGAUGAGGUGUAUUACAGUCGCUAUGAUGUUUGUGUACUGAUCCAUUUUAGACCAGGGCUCUUAAAAAAAACCUCGCCCGAUUCCUGCGGGCUGCUACCUUGUCAGCCUCCAGCUAUUUUGAGGACUCAUAAGCGAGCAUCUCGCUGCCGAGCGGCAAGGUCCCAGUCUGCCAGGCUGGCUCCCGGAGCUCUCUCCCUGUACCUGUUAGCCCCAUUGUCUUUUGCCUUUUUAUUUUAUGCGGCUCGGAUUGUUAUCAACCCGUCUAAUGGAUUACAGCGAUCCGCCUCGGCUCCCCUGCCUUCUUCCAGUGCAGCGAGCGGGUUCGACACAAUGGAAAGACGUCUACAGUACGUCCCAACGGAUUAUCCAAAGGAAUCCGAAGAUCCUACAAAAAGAGUUAAAGUCAAAAAUCAAGAAAAAACAUAAGUGUGGUGGCUUCCUAGGCAGUGAGUGGCCCUGGCCGAACACGUGAGCUGCUGGGACCUAGUCAAUGUUAUCUGAGCAGGGUCCCCAGGCCUUGGCGAUCCCAGAGAGCAAGAUGCAGAAAACCGCUUACUACGAUAACUCGGGGCUCUUCGGGGGCUACACGUACAGCAAAGCCGACGCCUACAGCUACAGCUCGGCCCACCAGCCUUAUACACAAGCCGCCCUGGACACAGACUACCCGAGCUCCGCCUGCUCCAUCCAGAGCUCGGCUCCCAUCCGAGCCCCAACCCACAAGAGCAGCGAGCUGCAUGGCAGCUGCAUGCGGACCAACGGCGGCAGCCAAGCAGGCAGUCAGCCCCCGGGCAUAGGCGAGCAGCAGCAGCCGCCUGCGCUGCCGCCUUCCUCCCCACCGAACCCCACCAGUGCGGCCCCCCCGAAAAAAACCAAAGGCGGCCCCAAUUCCUCCAGCUCUUCCACGGCCACCAUUAGCAAACAGAUCUUCCCCUGGAUGAAAGAGUCCCGGCAGAACUCCAAGCAGAAAAACACCUGCGCCGCUUCAGGAGACAACUGCGAAGAUAAAAGUCCCCCCGGCCCGGCUUCCAAGCGAGUCCGCACCGCCUAUACCAGUGCGCAGCUGGUGGAGCUGGAGAAGGAGUUUCAUUUCAACCGCUAUCUCUGCCGCCCACGCAGAGUGGAAAUGGCCAAUCUUCUGAACCUGACGGAGCGCCAGAUAAAGAUCUGGUUCCAGAACAGGAGAAUGAAGUACAAAAAAGACCAGAAAGCCAAAGGGAUCAUGCACUCUCCUGUAGGACAGUCCCCUGACCGAAGUCCACCCUUAAGUGGCCCAAAUCACGUAGGAUAUUCCAGCCAGCUUCCAACUGUAAAUAGUCUUAGCUAUGAUGCUCCUUCGCCAACAUCCUUUGCCAAAUCACAGCAAAACAUGUAUGGCCUGGCUGCUUACACAGCGCCUCUCAGCAGCUGCUUACCCCAGCAGAAACGAUACCCGGGAGCAGAGUAUGACCAUCACACCAUGCAAAGCAGCGGCGGCUUUGCCAAUCCCAAUUUGCAGGGCAGCCCCGUUUAUGUCGGAGGUAAUUUUGUUGAUUCCAUGCCAGCUCCUGGCCCAAUGUUCAAUAUCGGCCAUCUUUCUCAUCCUUCAUCUGCUAGCGUGGACUACAGCUGCGCUGCUCAGAUCCCAGGCAACCAUCACCAUGGACCUUGUGACCCUCAUCCUACAUACACAGAUCUUACUUCUCAUCACACAUCUCAGGGAAGGAUUCAGGAAGCACCCAAACUAACGCAUCUGUAGUGGACUGGGACGGAUUGAGAGAGCGAAAUGUACUCACGUUUAAAUUACCUCACUUUUCUGACGUUACAGUGUUACUUUCCUCUGAGUGCCAACAGUAUUAGUGGAUUUCUCUCCCCUAACAGCUACGUUCUUUUUUUGCGACUCUAAAUAAGUCAAUGAAAAGGAUCCUUUCUUUUAUAGCUGUUUAAAGCAUGACAGUGCAAUAUACUGCAAACCAAGGGGCUAAUAAUCUGGUAAUGAUGUACUUGAAGGUAAGUCUUAUAGAUCAAUUAGUAGUAGCAGCGCGUCAUGCUGAGGUGUUCUUAGACCAAUUGUGAACGAUGGGAUCUUGCCUGCAUAUAAACUUAUUUCAGAGAAGUUAAUUUAUGAAUUCUUCAGUAAUGUAAGGAUUGCAUUGGACUAAAUGAUAUGUAUUUAUUGUUUUAAGCGAGACUUUUUUUGUAUCCCUGAUUAUUUAUCCUCGUCUUAAUGUAUUUAUGUGGAUAUUUGUAGAAUUUAUUCACCAUAACUUCGGGAGAUUGAUUCAGGUCCCUGGUGACUAUUGCAUUUCACCUAUUUAGUAUAUUUGGUCUGAACUAGUUGAGAGAGUAGUUUUGAACAGUUGUAACAGUGGCUGGUGUUUGUAGUUUAUGUAAGGAUUAAUUAAGACUGUAAGUCUUUAAUAGAGUAAAACAAACUGUGGCAUCACACAAAUAGCCCUUAUGCAUUUUUAUAAAGUGUAUUUAUUUCAAAUUGUCUGGGGCCGUUUGAACAUCUAUUUAGAUUUAAAAAAUAAGUCACCUUCUAAAGUUGGAAGUGUGUCUGUUUUAAUAAUGCAAGCUGCAAAGCGGAACACUCGGCCAUUUUGUUUCUGAUAAACUUCUACAUACAAAAACCUCCGAGAGGUUGGCAUUUAUUUAUUGAUUCGCUAUCUCUUGCACACUUUAAUUCGGUGGGCUAUUUUGUUGGUAUUACAUUCUAACUAUCUGAAAUAGAAAAAGCUUAGAAUGCAAAAACAAAACAAAAAAAAUAGAAACCGUCUAAUAGUGAUAAUUUAAUUAGGGUUUCCAUAGCAAUCCGUGCUGCAGCUGCCCGUCUCCUUUGUUAUUUAUACUGUUGUCUUUAUACUAAUCAUAAAUCACUUUUUUAGACGUCUUUGGAAGCCCGAGCUUAAUUUCGCGCAUUUAAAAAAAAUGAAAGAAAAUUGACAAUCAAAUAUAUACAAAUGAAAGGAAGCCGCUAAGUGCAGAAACUGACCUACAGUAGUAGGUAAACAAGCUAUUCCGAGAUGAUCACAAUAGCUUUCAGUUAGGAAAGUUAUCUCCAUCCGUGUAAUCUUCUGUAGCAGACACUGAUACAUUCCUUGUGAAAACAAAUCUUACUGCCAUUAACAGAAUAUUUCAUAAAAGAAACAAACAUCUUGUUUCUUCCUUUUUAUUUACAUAACGGUGUUUAAUCUCUUGCCGGAUUUACAACGAUUUUGUAAACGUAGAAAUGGCAUUAGCAAUGUUAGUAACCAGACAUGUCCCUCCAGGAAGACGUUAUUCUUACCGCGUUUAAAAAUGCUCAGUUAAGAUUCAGAUCUUUUGUAUUCCCAGCAAAAGCGUCCCGAUGCAUCACUUUUUAGUUUGACAAGUAAUUGCCGCCCUUGCCCCAUUCCCUGAUGACAAGACCUGGAAUUCCUAGUGUGAGAAAUAUUUAACUCCGAGAGUUCUGGUCAACACGGGAAAUCUUUAUUUUCUGGUCGUUGUGUUCGCUGGACAACAAUGCUUCGAAAUAUUAUUUAGUUUUCCCUCUGUGUUGUUUUUAAAAUGUCACGUUACGCUGAGAAAAGAAGUUUCAACUUUUAUCCCAGCAGAUCUGAAUAUACGUGUUGUAGAUCUGUAAAGAAAACAGAAUAAACUACUUUGAGCGAAGACAUUUUUUAACUACUUCGAGACCUACCAUUGUUUUCUAUGACACACACAUCGAUUAUUUCGUCAGAGUUAAGCUAUUAAUAUUUUUAAUAAAUAAUCAAUAAAAUAAAUAGUAAUAAACUCUAUUCGUGAAUUAUACAAAUACAAUGCUUUGUGUUACAGUUUGCAGGGAAUAGAUGAAAACUGAACUGGUACAUGUAGAUUAGUUUUAUGUUCUUCAGGCUAAAGUAUAUUUCACAUCAUCCGCCUAUAAAUAAAAAAUGCAUAAUCAGUGUAUUCCAGUUGGCAUAUUAUAGUAUCUUAUGUUACUCAACGUGCAUCUUCUGAGUCUGCGGGUGUCUACAAUCCAAGUGUUGUCUACUGUUUAAUGUUUUAUGGGCUAGACUUCACAUAGUGUCUGGGCUGGGUUAUAUUAUUAUUAGUUCAUUUAAAAUUCAUGUAACCAGGGAAAUGAUUAUAAAUACACUUCCCCUUAAAAAAAAGGGGGUUGAAGAAAUUGCUUUAGAAUAAAAACAAUGUUACCGGUGAGCACUGGUAUAUCAUAUCUUUGUAUCUCUGGGGGCAAAGCUUGCAAAUCUCUUUCUCCGAAUGUUCUGACCGUUGUGUGUGGGAGGUGAGGUGGGAGAGGGGUCAAGUGAUAAAUAAAUUCCGUUUCUUCUGGCUUAUUCUGGUAGAGGCAAAUCAGAUGUAACUACGAUAGAACCCCAUGGUCACAACCUAAUUAUGGGAAGUAAUGUUACCUUGUCUACAGUGUUGGCAUUUUUACAGUGUUUGUACAAGCACCAGCAAUCCAAGAGAGAGACACUUUGGCAUAAGCCCUCCUUUUCCUUGGCCCGCAGCUUAAACCUUCAUAAAUUAUACAACCCGCUUUCACUUUCAACAUGCAUUCAGUUCCCUUUGAGCCUGCAAUUAGUUUUCUGAGCCAUGGUAACCUAAAUGAAACAAAAUACGAGCGCAAGGGCUGAGCUGUGUGAAGCUCCAAACCUUCAUUCAUUUCCAGGAAUGAACCCCCCUCCGAACCCCCCGCGAAACCAAUAGCCUAAGAGCAGCAAACCAGGUCAGGAAGACUGAAGAUGGUCUUUCAAUUCCUGUCGGCAUCAUUUCAAUAACGCCUGGUACAGUGACAGUCACAGACAAUUCACGAGCCCUGAAAAUUCAUUUCUAAGCAAGGCCAAACAACACCUUCUGACAUGCUACUGAGAAAGAAACAAAGAUGGCUUCGUUGUAUGCCAGGCUACUUAAAGUCUGACCCGAAGCCCAUUGAAGUCGAUGGAACGACUCCCAUUGACUUCACUUGCCUUUGGAUCAGGCCCCAAUGAGUUCAUUAUAAUAACGCUUCCUGUUUGUUUGUUUAAAAAUGGCGUUCAAAAUAACAACCAGCGCAACUGAGAGUUUUAAACAAAUAACCCGAACCUAAUCAGUGACUGUGCCUGUUAUCUCUGCUGGGUUAUUCAUUGAGCGAAGGGGGGCGAUUAAUUUGAUAGGGAUUAAUUCCUGCUAAAGGAAGAUAUUUAGUGUGGAGCUGAAGAAACACUGUGACCUCUAUUUAAGCGUUUUGAUUGGGGAGACCUGUUGAGAUUAGUAAUACACUACAGUAAAAGGUUUAGAGCCAGAUCCUAUUCCAUAUAUAGUCAGUAGCAAAACUUACCGGGGGAAAUCCUGGCCCCACUGAAGUCAAUAAAUGGGAGCUAAAAAGUACCUUUAUUUUUGAAUGUAAGAAGCAGGUAACCUUCUGCCCAGUAUAAUACACUUAUUAUUUACCAUUUCAAAUAGAGCUGUGCACAGGAGAAAGAACUCCGAAAUUACACCUUGAAGUUCCUCCUCUCUGGGUGGGUGUUU